GCAACCCAUUGCACUGCACACCAGUGGAAGAGGAAAUUGCUACUCGACUUGAAAAACUUGUGUUUUGAUGCCCCUUCCCUACACCUGGACAUUGGCAAACAUACUUUUUGUCUUUGCACUAUAAGAGGCCUCAUGGGCUCUGUGUGAAUUCUACUUGAAGGGAGAAAGACUCACCUGAAUAGACCAGUGGACAUCCGUUGGUGCAUUUGUUCUACUUCCCAACAUAUGAAAAACCACUUUGUGCGACUCAGACUUAAAGACUUUCGCCGCAUGGGAGAGCAAGGACUAGAUAUUUAACAUUCUUUGAUCUACCUGCAUUCUUUUUCCAACAAACAUCCUAGGACUAGGAAAUUCAGUGUAAGAAAAGACGAGGUUAAACAGCAGGGGCAUUGUGUUCCAACUCCUGCCAAAAACCCCUGCCACCCGAAACACCAACCAGCAGGCAACAUCAAAGACCAAACCCUCCACCCGACCUCCCUCCUCCUCCUUACCCUCCAAAACUAAAGCAGAGACCAAACAGUUGUGGGUGAGAGAGCAGAGAAACAGCAGGAAUACUAACAAACGAACUGCGGGAAAGUGCAAGAGAAAUCGAGGGCAAAGGUUUGAGAUCACGCCUUCAGGACUGCCAUGGUGCGAGGUGGCGGUGCGGCUAUAGCGCCGCCCUGCUGGGGCCUGUGGGCGGUGGGCGCCCUUUCGCUGGCGACGCUGUGUCUGACAGAGGAGGCCAUCCGCUGCCCCGUGUGCUCCGAGGAGCGGCUGGCCAGCUGCCAGCUGCCUGAUGGCAGCUGUGAAGAGACGGUGAGGGAGACGGGCUGUGGCUGCUGCCCCACCUGCGCCCUAGCCAAGGGGGCGCACUGCGGCGUCUACUCGCCCCGCUGCGGCACGGGGCUCCGCUGCUACCCGCCGCGGAACGUGGAGAGGCCCCUCCACUCGCUCAUGCAUGGCCAAGGGGUGUGCACCAACGAGAGGGACGUGGAAGAGAACUCAGCGAUGGAGAGACAGGAUGAGAUCAUCCCUGAGCACCCCAAUAACAGCAACAUCCGCUGCAGUCCCCAGGACAAGCGCUGCAUCCAGAAGACCCUGGCCCGCCACCCCGCCAAAUCCACCAAUCAGAGAAGCAACAACGCCAGGGAGGACCCAAAGGCUGCCCUGGCUCCAUGUCGUGCUGAGCUGCAGAGAGCGCUGGACAGACUGGUGUCCAAUACUCGCACUCACGAGGAUCUCUACAGCAUCCCCAUACCCAACUGUGACAAGAACGGAGACUUCCAUGCCAAGCAGUGCCAGCCAGCGCGUGACGGGCAGCGGGGAAAGUGCUGGUGUGUAGACCAGAAGACGGGCAUGAGGCUGCCGGGGCCCCUGGAGCUGCGGGGGGAACUGGACUGCCACCAGCUAAUGACUGCAACCAUGAGAGAGUGAGGAGGGGACCGGCGGGGCUCCCGGGGGGGGGCAGGGCUUAGGGCCAGCCAAAUUCUACUUGUGCUGAUUAGUUACAACUAUGGAAGGAAAGGACUUAACCCUAAAGCCUCACUUCACCUGAGGCCAACGGUACUUGUUGAAUAUGAAAAAGAUGAAAGGAAACCAUAGAAUUUUGUUAUUUUACUAUUGUUUGUUACCGUGUGUGAGUCUGUAUGCAUCUUUUUGAGCACGUGUGUGUUUUGAUUCUGUGAAGUUAGGCCUGCCUCUUGCUUUAAAUAACAGGUGGCAAACAACAGGCCCCCUGUUAACAUUCUUCUCAAAACAGGACAACAUUGGUUUUGUUUAGUCUAGUUGAACUCUGAUUUCCAUCUCUUAGCAUCUUUGAAACAAAAAACAUAAAAACUUUAUGCAUGAGUUAAGUGUCCUAAUAUGGCUCACCAUCGACCAUUUAGCAGCAGCUGUAGAAGAUAAUGAAUAUUGGGAGUGAGAGAGAAAGAGACAGAGAGAGAGAGAGCGAGAGAGAGACAGAGAGAGAGGGAGAGAGAGAGAGAAAGCAACCAGAGUCCCUGCUUUGAAUUACCAAUUGAUGAUAAGCCGCAGCUUUUCACAACAUUUGGAGACAUGAAGUGAAAAGAGAGAUUACUUUUGAAAGAAUAAACUGUACCUCUGAGAGGAGCCGAGAAUAGAUGUGCUUUAUCGCUAUCCCCCCCUUCUCUCCCUCCUCUUCGCAUCGCCCCUUCUCUUUGACUGGGAGCUCUCUCUCUGGCUUAUUUGUCCAGGGGGACUGGCAGCAUAGCUGGGCUCAGAACUCUGUACACUGCUGAUAGGAUAAUCUUGUUUCUCCAGCUGGGGCUGAAGUGCUAAGACGCCAGUGCUGCUGCUCUCAUGUUUGUAUGAAUAUGCUUCUAUAUACAGGAUUUCUUUCCAACCAAGAGACUGCUUGUUGGCAGUAUUGUGGAGUUUAUAGUGGUGCUAUACACUCAUUGUGCCAAAAAAACCAACUGUUCUUUUCUGUGCUUUUUGGGGCAUUGUUUUUAGAAGGAGACAGAGAUACACACUCCCAGAUGAGGUGGACAAUCUUAGAAUGGCCUAAAUGUGUGACUGACCACAAAUACUGUCUAGUGGCAAAAUAUCUCCACGUUUUUACUACAUUGAUGAAAUAAAACAUACAAGUAAAUGCACAGAUAUCAGUGGGAGCAUUACUAUAGUUAACUGCCUGACUGUUUUAUGGACUAAUGUAGUGACUUUGCAUGCAUAGUAGCAUGUGUGGGUAGUGAAAACUUCUUAUGGAUAUAAGAGAAGAGGACUUAGUGACUGCAUGAUGAAAAAACACGCUCUAGACAGCCUCUGUAAUUGCUAGCUAGCUGAAAUGUUCUGAGAAACGUCAGAUGUCUAUAUAAUAACAUUAGAAACCUCACCGAGAGAUAGCAUCCUGGUCAUAUAUGGACUCCAGUAUCAAUAAGUGAACACCCUUGACCUUUACUCUGGCAGAGCCAGUUAUCAGGUUUGACAUCAUCGAUGAAGCAGUAUAUGAGCCAAGGAAUCAUUGAUUUGUAUUAUUAUGUUGACAAACUUACUGGUGCAUCAUGCUCUACCUACCUUGCCAAUCAUACCUUCCACAUAAACUACAUGGACAAGACUGUUAACAUCCCUACAGCGAUUUGAUUGUACUGUAUUGCAAAUGGGAGGAAAAUAUCAUAAUUGGUUCCCUGGGGCUAUGAUCUAUGAUCUGAUUGGUUGAUUGACUGACUCAGGCUAAAGCUGUGGAUCACAGGGAGUACAGGAGAGAAGACGACCCUUGAAUACAUGACAGUCUGAUCAGUGAGUUCAGCGAGGUCGGUCGUUUGUCAUUUCUAGAAAUGGAUAGUGCACGUAAUCCUCCCCUGAGAGAGUUGGGUUACUAAUUGACUCCAGGAAGGAUUCAUCUCGCCUGGACGUUCAUUAGUAGUGUUAAUAAUACACAGGCACAGUGAGCUUCAUGUAGAGCGAGGCGAGGGGACAGGGCCGAGGGGGUAAACCAGACGGACGUGGGGAGCUGAAAGAACAGUGCCGGACAGGACAGGUUGUCUGAAAACGGACUCCUACAAAUGAUAGGCAGCUCUUUUUGUCAGCUGAGAUGUGAGUGGAUAGACUAGAGGCAGAGGAAAUAGAGACACCGUGUGAUAGAGAGCUAGAGAGUCCCAGCUAAAUUUGUAUUGCACUGAUUUACUCUCACAAAGCCACAUUGUGUCCGUAAACUUUUACCAUUCACUCUUUCUCUCACAUACCCCUCCGGGUUCGACAGAGGAGCCUAGAAAUCAUUCAAGGGCUUUCCUCUGGCUGUUAUCAAGAGCAGCAGAACACAUUGCUAGUCCAACUAAGCCCCACAUAGCAAUGCCCUUCAUCAUGGUCGUGCUGUCAUUGCUGCCAUGGGUAGUAAAUGUUGGGACAGAAACAUCUCAUUUCAUUAGGCAACAUUGAACAUUCACACCUCCCAGCCUGGGGACCAAGUAGAUAGAACACCAUCUGUGCUACAUUGCCGUUGAGAAUCACGAUAUCAAAGACAUUUGGGUCGAUGUGUGACAUGACCUGACAUGACAUGAGCCGGUCCAAAGAUAAUUAUUGCGGACUUAGCCAACUGUAUUGUAUAUGUAACUUGCUUCCUUGUAAAAAAAUAUAUAAUAAAAAACUGCCAAAGUUAUCCAAAGGAUUUAUGGGGAUACUUUAUGGUAAUACUGCUGCAGUUUACCUAGUAGUCCCUCAGUCAAUGACUUAUCUUCUGAACUAAUUACUAACCUGUAGAGAUUUACUUAGCCUACAUAUGGUAAACUUUGACGAAAGCUUUGACCAACAAACAAACAUCCCCAGUGGGCUGGUUGAACCGACAUCCAGUUUUGCCUGCUGCUGGGUCAUUAACCUUGAAACUGAGCCUUUAUAGUUAAUAUGAGCUUUUUCUCAAUUGACAAGUCCCUAAAACAUAUUUUUGGCUCUCUGAGGCUAUUCAAUGAAACAGGAUGCUCUUACUUUCCACCACAUUCCAACAUGACAUCCCCUAUUCCCAUAGAAUACCUAAGAGCAGUUCUACCCCAGCAGCCCCCAAUGAAAAGCCCAUCUUACAAAAGCUGGUCAUAUUUUAAUUGUCAUUGUAAAAAUUCCUUGUUCUAAACCGUAAUUACACAUAUCUUCAACAAAGCUACUGAUGUCAUUCCCAACUAGAAAGACAUAGGAAAUGGUAUUAAGGAAGAAGGAUAUACUGCAGCUGAUAAGUUGAUUGUAUUCCAAACACAAUGAAGUGACAUGAAGAAAGAAAGAUAUCUCCAAAGAAGUUACGAGCAAGAGUAUUUUGAGGUAUGAAACCCCAAAAAACUAUAGGGGUGCUUUGUGUACAUUAAAUGUUGAUAUUCACUUGUCAUGUACUGUAUGAGAAAACACCAUACAUAAGUCUAAGGCCUUAUCUGAGGCAUAGUACAUUCCAUUUCAGUGCUACUGUAGAUAUUACCUCUAAGUAAAGUAGUGCUAUGUUUCAAGUGAAUGGUCCUGGUUUUCCUUUUGGAUCCAAGACCUUCAGUGUUUUACCUAUAUUAAACUGUGUAUACUUACGCUAUAUUACUUGAUCUCUAACUUUUGCUCUACUGUACUUGUAUUUCUGAGGGAUAUUCCUGUUUGCCUUGGACUUUACCUGUUAAUUCUACUGUAAAAAGAUUCAAAGUAACGUUUGCAUGUGUAGCCUAACUAUAUACUGGGUUUAAACAUGUCAAGAUCUUGUGUGUGUGGUCCAGAACAGGGCCAUGCUUUAAAUACAUUGAAGAAAAUGCAGCAAGAAUUUGUGCUUGUCAUGGAAUAAUGAUUUGGUUACCUUAGAAAUGUUUACUCUAUGAGAGAAUUGUAUACAUUGUAUUAGAUCUAAUGAAAUUAUAAACGUGUAGCAUCUCA